CCUCGACGCUCUACAGUUUUCUCGUUUGCAAUGUCGAAACGGAAGUCGGAAGAACCCUUGGAGGGCAUUUUUGCCACGACAUCUCCAGCAAGCAAGAAAGCGCGCGUCGAAGAUGUUCUUGAAGAGGAGACCGGCGCGAAUGGUAGUUUGGAUACUUCUGAAAGCCGAAACGCCCAGCCUACAAACGGCGCGAGUGUACCCAAGAGGAUAAUGGAGGAACAGGAAGAGGAGGAAGAAGUCGAAUCAGACGUUGAGGAUGACCGGUUACCCUCUGCACCACUGCGACAAAAUGCUCCCACAGAAGGCUAUGACGAUCUUUAUCUCGACACCAUCAAUCGAUCCUUGCUCGAUUUCGACUUCGAGAAACUCUGCUCCGUUACCCUCUCCAACAUUAAUGUCUAUGCUUGUCUCGUCUGCGGCAAGUAUUUCCAAGGCCGAGGUCCAAAGUCACACGCAUAUCUCCACGCCCUCGAAGUCGACCAUCAUGUUUUCAUCAAUAUGGAGACCAAGAGAGUCUAUGUCUUACCUGAGGGCUAUGAGGUGCACAACAAGAGUUUGGAUGAUAUCAAGUACGUGGUGGAUCCAAAAUACACGGAAGAGGAGGUCAGAAUGCUGGACAAGAAUCCGAAGGAGUCAACAGACCUUGCCCACAAGAGAUACAGGCCGGGAUUCAUGGGAAUGAACAACAUUAAAGCCAACGACUACCUUAAUGUCGUUGUGCAGGCGUUGGCACAUGUUUCACCCUUAAGGGACUUCUUCCUUCUGCAGGCAUUCCCUCACACAGCGUCGCAGUUGCCGGUACGCUUCAGCACUCUGGUUCGCAAACUCUGGAACCCCCGCGCGUUUCGAUCUCACGUGUCGCCGCAUGAACUGUUGCAAGAGAUUGCCCUGCGGUCGUCCAAGAGAUUUACUUUGACACAACAAUCGGAUCCUGUGGACCUGCUUGCCUGGCUCCUCAACAAUCUGCACAGCACGCUAGGAGGGUCACGCAAGGCGCUGUCAUCCCCGAUAUACAAGUGUUUCCAAGGCAAACUGCGGGUGGAAUCACAAGAAAUCACUGCAAAAUCUGAUGCCAUGGGUGAUCGGCUGAGGUUCGAGGAGUCAUCCAACAUCAAGACGGACAUGCAUCCGUUCCUCAUCUUGACGCUAGAUCUGCCUCCAGUGCCUCUGUUUCGAGAUGCUGUCGAAUCCAAGAAUAUUAUCCCCCAAGUCCCUCUCAUCAACCUAUUACAAAAGUAUAACGGGUUAAGCGCUAUGGAAAGAGCGGCUCAUCGACUUCGACAUCGACUUCUACACCCGCUCCCGCCCUACCUUUUAUUUCACAUCAAGCGGUUCAGUCAGAACAAAUUCGUUUCCGAGAGGAAUCCAACUAUUGUGACAUUUCCUUCUCCUCGCGGGCUGGACAUGUCACCCUACGUCGAACCUAAUCCGGCAAUCCACCCACCCGGUGAGCCGAUCCUUUACGACAUGGUUGCAAACAUUAUUUUGGACACGACCUCAAUUUCGAGUGCUGGCGGCGAAGACACCAAUGCCGCCGACGCGGCGAACAAAGCCGUUGGCGCGGAGGGUCAGAAAGUGGCUUGGAAGGUUCAACUCCGAGACAAGGCUGUUGCGUAUGCUCAGCGAACUGAUCUUCCGGAAUGGCUGGAAAUUCAAGAUCUGUGGGUUGAACGAGCGGAAUCCGAGACUCUUUUCACAAGAGAGAGCUACUUGAUGGUGUGGGAACGCAGGAGAGAAAAGAAGAAGGCCAAGCAAACGAACGGAGUGAAAGCAGCGCAAGGCUGAAGUCGUAGCAGUCUUUACUUGAGAUCGUAUCAACUCCAAGUUCUGAUCUUAUCCCAAGGAGAAAGACAUGUCCUAAACCCAC